AUGUCGACCAGCGAUGGCCCUUUCGAGUCCCGCGGCCCCAUCGUCCUCACCGUGUCCAUUGCCAUGAUUGUGUGCUCCACCGUCUUCGUCGGCUUCCGCUUGACCUCGCGCAUUGGCAUUGUCAAGAAGAUCGGCUGGGACGACUACUUCAUGGCCUUGGCCUGGUUGCUCGCCUUCGGCCUGUCCUUUUCCAUCUGCUACGGCGUCAAGUAUGGCCUGGGCAUGCACGAGGCCGACAUCCCCAAUUCCCAGGACCCGCCCCUCAGGAGACUGGAAUAUGUCUUCACCGUUCUUUACAACCCUUGCCUGAUGGCCACCAAAACGUCAAUCUUGGUCUUUUACCUCACCCUGUCCAAGAGCCACCGUGCCUUCCGGUGGGGCGUCAUCGCCGACCUUUUGGUCGUCAAUGUGGGCGGUGCCGCCCUCACCGUACUCAACAUCGUCCAGUGCCGGCCGAUUAGCGCCGCAUUCGUGAACCCCGUGCCACCCGGUGCCACUUGCACCGAUAUCGUCACCCUUUACCUGUCAUCGGCGCCGCUGAACAUCAUCACCGAUCUCGCUACCCUGUUCUUGCCUAUGCCCAUUCUGACAUCGAUGCGGCUCCCGAAAAAGCAGAAGACCAUUCUCGUCAUCACCUUUGGCUUUGGUGUUUUUGUGGCUGUCGUCGAUGUCGUCCGCAUCGUCUACCUCCAGUCGGCUGCUACCACGCGUCUACGAGACAUUCAAAACCACAUCAAGAGUGAUGACUCGAGGAACUAUGAACAAAGCGACUUCUCCUGGUACGCCUCGCUGUCCUUCUUGUGGAGCAGCAUCGAGGUCAAUGUUGGCAUCUGCUGCGGAUGCGUGCCUGCCUUGAAACCUCUCGUCUCACGCUUCCUUCCGAGAUUCAUUCGCGAUGCCGGAGAGACUGUUCAUUCCGUCACCCACCUUCGGGACACUUAUACAGACAACGAAAUGAUCAAUGCACAGAGGAUCCCAUCUGCUACUGAUCAAUCUCCAGCCAUCCCACCCGCAACUGCAUCCACCGGACCCGAGGAGCCCAUGGGAAUGCUGGAUUUCCUGACCACCCCGGACAUGAGGGAAUUGCCGGAAUGUGAGAGGACGCCGACUGCCUUGACGAACACGACAAGGCACACGCGCCCACGCACUCCCACUUUCUUUGAUUUCGUUUACCUGAAGAGGAAGAAGAGCUUGGUCCAGUUGACCAACGCUGAGUCGGUUUUUCCCGUGACAAUGGUCACCAUCCUGUUUUUCCUAUGGGGUUUUGCAUACGGUCUCUUGGAUGUCUUGAACGCACAGUUUCAAGCUAUAGCGGGCAUGUCCCGCGGCCAGACCAUCAGCAUCCACAGCCUCUAUUUCGCUGGCUACUUUGUCGGGCCACUCACCUACGGACGCAUAGUGCUGAAGAAAUACGGAUUCAAGGCGUGUUUCAUGUCCGGUCUGUGUAUCUAUGCUUGCGGUACACUGGUGUUCUGGCCCUCGGCCGUCUUGACCUCUUACCCGGCCUUCCUCAUCUCGAACUUCAUCGUAGGUCUUGGCUUGUCCACGCUGGAAAUCGCAGCGAACCCGUUCACUGUGCUCUGCGGGCCUGCCAAACACGCCGAAACACGACUCAACAUCUCUCAGGGAGUGCAGGCGAUUGGCACCAUCUUAUCCCCACUCCUGGCCAAGAAAGUGCUUUUCAAGAUUGACGCCGACUCACUCAUCGACGUGCAAUGGACCUAUCUCGGCAUCGCGCUCUUUGUAGUAAUGCUCGCUGUAGCAUACUAUUGGGUCCCCAUCCCAGAGGUUACCGACAUAGAACUCGAAGACAGCGCGGAACGUGGCGACGACGCAAACCAUGCGCUCCUCUUCAAUGUUCGUGUCAUCUGGAUCACCCUGGCAAUGGGCGUCCUUUCGGUGUUCUUCUACGUCGGCCUCCAGGAAUCCAUCUCUACGAGUUUUGUCACGUACAUGGGAGAGGUCGCGCCAUACAUCGACACAACCGACCACCUCGCCUACUCGCACACCGCCUUCGCCGUCUCACGUUUCCUCGCGGCCCUGGCAACCAUCUGGAUCAAGCCCCGCUACGUCCUCACGGUCUGCUACGCCGGCGUGCUAGCAUUCAGCGGCGCGUGUUUCCGCGAGACGGGGAACACGGCGGCCGUCAGCAUCGUCUUCGUCUACUUCUUCGAGGGGCCGAUCUUCUCGCUCCUGUUCGCGCAGACGCUGCGGGGCAUGGGCCGGCACACCAAGGAAGCGAGCGCCCUCCUCGCGGCCAGCAUCGCGGGCGGCGCCAUCUUCCCGCCCAUCAACUUCGCCGUCGAGAACGGGGCCGCCGAGGCCGAGGCCGGGCAGUACGGAUAUUACGGCUUCGUCGUGCCGAUCGCCGCGGCCGCCUGCGGCGCCCUCAUGCCGCUGUACUGCAACCUCGUCCCCAAGGUCACCGCGCAGGUCGAUCCCAUCGACGAGGCGCGCGCGGCGGAGCUGGAUCCGCCGUUGAGCCCGACGUCGGGCGCGCCGGGGACGCCGCGGUCGACGAGGCUGCGCACGCCGCGGUUGGGGACGCCCAGGCUCGGCACGCCGUGGAGCGCGGCGAGGGUGAUGAGGGGGAGCAUCGCGAAGGUUACGCGCAGGAUGAGUGGGAAGGAAGAAGCGCCGUCGGUGCAACAGAAAGAGAGGAGAAGCUGGCCGAGCUUGGAGUCGUGA